AUGGGCAAACUUCCACAUUACGACACGCUCAGUUUCCUCUACGACAACGACGAUGGGUGCGCCCUCACGGCUCGCGUGCACGGGGAGUGGUACCAUGUCAUGAUCGAUGCUGGCCGUCUACAGGACCGAUCGAAGAGUGGGAAGAGGGUAGCCCGAGACUAUCGACGACUACUUGGACAGGUCAAAGAGUCGGAGCAGACAAGUGAUGGGGUGAAGACCACCGCACCGUUGUUCGUGCAGCCGGAUGAGGACGAGGACGACGAGGCGGACGAGGGCAAGGACAGCGCAGUGGACGUCCACACGCCAGAGGAGGACGAGGAUCACUCGACCGAACCGUCCAAGGCCCUGGAGUGUUGGAUGCUGUCACCGUUGUCGGACACGUUCUCGGCGCGCAAGAAGGAGAGUAAGACCUCCAGAAAGCGGAGCGUCGAAGCGUGGUAUCUUUGUCCGACUCAUUACUUCCGUCUUUGCGUCCAAGAUGGCAAGCUCAGGGCCGAGGAAGACUCGAAUCCAUCGUCUGCCCUCAGACAACGCAUCCAAGCCCUCAUACCCUCCAUGCCCCUCCACAAAUAUAUCAGCGACCUCGAUAUCCCCAUGCACAAGGCCAAAGAUCUCACUGUACUCCUUGAAAGCUCGGAACCUGCCGACACGCCUCUUCAUCCAUGUCUCGUUCGGCACAAUCAACACGGCCCAGAGUAUUUCCUCAAGACCGUCGAUCGAGGCCAAUUGCAACCGAUGAACAAGCGCGAGCUGCAAGUGAUGAAGCGAAUCGAAUCCGAAGGCUUACACAACGAGAUCCGAGUGCCUCUCCUCCGCGGAUUGGUUCAAUUCUCUACCUCCAACCACUCGCAAAAUAAGCAGGACAUCAUGGGUUUCCUGAUGGAUCCAAUCCAAGAUCCAAAGCCCCUGACACACAUGCUCGACACGCAAGUUUCCGAAGAAAAGCGGUUGAAAUGGGCCGAAGAGUCUGCUCGCAUGGUUGAUGUGCUGCAUCAACAUGGUAUCACUUGGGGAGAUGCCAAGGGUGAUAACUUCAUGGUCGACAAAGAUGACGAGCUGUGGAUUAUCGACUUUGGCGGUAGCUACACCGAGGGUUGGGUAGACGAGCGGCUCAUGGAAACUGUAGAAGGCGAUAAGCAAGGGAUAGAACGCUUGCAGAACGGACUGGAGGAUCCUGAAAACAACACGACUAGGGGCGCAGAGGGGGAAGAAGAAGAAGAAGAGGAAACGGAGGUGGACGAAGCCGACGUCGAUGAGGCGGACCUGCAAGAGACUAAGGAAGCGAGACGACAGGCGAGAGAAAGCUGCGCGGGCUGGGAAGAGCGAUAUGAGCAAGAGCAGAAGCAGUAUACGUCUGGGGCAGGAAGCCGGAAGCGCAAAGCUGCAGAUGGCAUUGUGGAUUCCCGGGAACAGAAAUCGGCGAAGCAGGAUCACGACGCUGACGCUGAGCCGCGCUACUGUUAUUGCAAUCAGCCAGAGUCUGGGAAGAUGCUUGGCUGCGACGGUCAAGAGUGCCCGAAGCAGUGGUUCCACUUCUCCUGCGUAGGUCUCAAGGAGGCUCCAACUGGGAAGUGGUAUUGCAAGGGCUGUCGCUCAGCAUAA